UAGUUUAGCUUAUAUAAUUAGUAGAAAAUGUUUUAUCAUUAAUAAUAUGAGAAGUAAAAGGUAAAGGGAAAUACAAAGUCUUAAAGCAAAAAUGCAAUCCAUUCUUCAUAAGUUUAAACACAACCCAUAGGUGUGAUCAAAACCUGGAAUAUCCUCCUCCGUUCUCUCCCGCCGCCUCCGGCAGAAUAUCCACAACCCCAAAACCCAAUUCCGCCCCAUUCUCAGCCGCCGCGCCAAUUGGGCAAUCAGGAUGACCCUCUCGCCGGUGGAUCAGAAACAGGCUUCGUCCGACAGUUCGUCGGAUUCCGAUUCGGACAAAGGCAGCAACGACGUCGACAUGACGAAGCUGGUCGAUUUCCUCUACGAGGAUCUCCCCCAUCUCUUCGACGAGCGAGGAAUCGAUCGGACGGCGUACGACGAUUAUGUUCAGUUCCGGGACCCAAUCACCCGCCACGACGACCUCGAUGGGUAUCUCAUGAAUAUUGCGGCUCUCAAGCAUCUGUUCCGCCCCAAGUUUCAGCUACGAGAUAACUACGAGGUGGACACAUAAUCUUUGGGCGAACCAAAUCCGCCAAACUUGCUAUUCCCUUUUCCUAACCCCUGUUUUGCUGAUCAUAGUAUCUUGCUUGACUGAUCGUGUGUAUAUAUAUAUUUUACCGUAAGCUGCUAGGUAUGUUUCUUUCUUUCUUGUCUCGUUUUUGUUUUUCUCUUUGGGAAUGCAGGGUCGGCGGAUAUGACUUCGAUCAACUCAAGCUGCCCAAAAAUAUAUGUUUUCCCUGUCCCGGUGUUGGAUUAUGAUAGGUCGUGGUAUCUUCAGAUCUCCGCUGCUCAACGUGGGCCCUGCUACUAAGUUUUUGUGCUCUUCAUUACCAGACACGAUAAUAGAUUCAGCACCGGCGGACUCGCUGCCGUCUCCUCUCAUUGCAACCAUCAUCCACCGGUAUCAGGAUUGCCUCCGAUGACCUACGUUAAUGCCGACAGGCCAUUAAUGCCAACGACGCUGAAUUUGCGCUACCUCACCCGUAUAAGGUAAAUACGUGUAACGUAAGUUUCCAAAACAGAAACUUUUUGAAUUAAUUUAAUUUCUUUUUGAAUUAUUUUAAUUAUUACCUUUUUUAUUCUCCUUGCUAGUUAUAAUAGCUUUUAUUAUUCUCUUGAUUUCAUUUUUGUCCAGCUAACGUCCAUUUCCUGUAACUUACGGUAACUUUUGAAUAGUUGAGUCUUUCCUUUUUAUCAGCUAGCAAUUAACCGCACUCUUUAUUGCCCCCUUUGUGGGUCAAUUCAAAUUAGAGAGGUUAUCCCUCAAUUAUAUGCCUUAUUUUUUUAUAAUAAUUAAUUUAGGAACCCAAUUAGCUGGCUCUCAGUCCUUUUUCGUCCAAGCGCUAAUCGAUCUAUAAUUUUAAACCAUCAUUAUUUAGCAACUUUAAAGCGGAUUAAUUUGUUUCCCUUGUAAUUUAUGUUCGUUUCAUUGAUAGUGAGUGUAUUGCACUUACAAGAGAUGAAUAUUACCAUUGUUGGUGUAUUUCGAUAAGGUCGACUUUGCCUUCUGGGCAAGAUUUAAUCUCUUGUGAUAGAGAUUUCUAGCACCAUAGUUGUGCUUCUUUGAUUGGUCAUUUUGCAGGUGGUUAUUUGGUAUGAGAAUAAUUGAAGUAAAAUAAGUUUCAUCUAUCUAUCAGCUGAUUGUUCGAUUUUAUUCGCUUUUAUAAAUUUAUGAGAGUAAUUAAGCAUGCUCUAUCCAAUAUUGCUAAUGUCCUUUUCUUUUAUUUGUUGUGGCUUUUUGGGGCAACUCGAUACUGGUCAUCCGGCAUAUUCCGUCAAAGGAAACUACACUCGCUGGCGGGACUAUCUUGGAGAUGUUGUUUUUUUUUAUUUUAGUUUUUCUUCCGUCAGUGUCGUGUCUUUGCUCCUCGGAGCUUCUUCAGAGCUGCCCAUGUAGUGGCUUAUCUGGCUCUUUCAUCGUAGUCCGGUUGCAUACGGACUAUCGUGCAAUUUUUGAGCUAGUGUGUAAUUGUGUCGAGUCUUUGUCCCAUGCCCUUUGGGCUUGCCUUGGAAAAAAAAAACAAAAAAAAAAACAACCCAUAGGAUACCUAGCCUCUUCUUAAUCUUUUGUUCUGUUUUAAUGAUGAAAUUGUAAAAUAAGACGAUUUGACUCCAUUACCGCAAAUGACCGGGUUUAAGAAAGAGAUCUGGUCGCUAGCCCUGGUAGCUUUUGAUUGCUAGGAAUUAAUAGAUUUUUAAGUUAUUCUUAAUGUAUUCAAUUAGAUGUAGAGGUGGCAAUUGGAUCGGAUUCGUGGAUUCGCGGAUUGGAUUGGUGGAUCCAUGGAUCAAAUGGAUUGGAUCCAAUGGAUUGGUGGAUUCAUGGAUUGGAUCAAAUGGAUUGGUGGAUUGAUCUAUGAAUCCAAAAUGACAUCCAAGGCUUGGACCAAAAUGUAAAUUUUGAAAAGUUUAGGUACUAAAAUGUCAUAAUGAAAAAUUUUAGGUACCAAAAUGUAAUUUUCCAAUGAUAUUUUUCGUAUAAAAAUAUAAAUUUUAG